UCCGUGCAAGGAGAGGCAGCAGCGGCAGUAGCUCUGCAACUAGACGCUCCAGUAACUGUUAGUGUGGAUGCUGUCCCGAUUCCGAGAAGUUGAUAACGUUCUGACUACAAAAUUGAAACCAAAGAAAGGAAACGUUCGCGGAAAAAGUUGUUUUGAAUUGCAUAUCCCUCGUCACCUGUACCUGAUAGGGGACAAGAGGAGGUUGCUGGAGGGAAAACGCAUUCACCAUCCAAAGGGAUACUUUCUAAAGGAUACCGCUUUGUCUUUCUGGAAUGGAUAUAAUUUAGUGUUUUUUUUAAACUUUAAUUUAGAUUUGUAAUCUAUAUUUUUUACUCCACAAGGGAUUCGUUUGAAGAAGCGACCGUUAAUAGUUGGGAUAUUUGCUAACAGACGUGCGCUCAAAGAGGCAGAGAAGAAGCAGAUGAAUGUUUAGGAAGAAGCCAUCAGAAUGAAGACCGAGGCCAAGGGUUUGGGGUGGUCUGUGUCGAGGUCGCUGCAGGAUGAGGGCCGGUGGAGCCGAGGGGUCCUGCUGCUGGCCUACAUCGUCCUGGAGCUGAUCACUGUCCACUCCUCCACCGUCCUGGGGAACCUGGAGCUCCAGCUGGACGAGGAACAGCCAGCCGGGACCAUCGUAGGGGACAUCAGUGCUGGGUUACCGCCUGGCGUCACCGCAAGUCUUUACUUCAUAUCAGACCAUGAGGGCACCGGGGUGGGGAGUGACCUGGACAUAGAUGAGAGCACGGGCAUCAUCAAGACAGCCAAGGUGUUGGACCAUGAGCUGAGGGACCGGUACAACUUCAUUGCCGUGACUAUGACAGGCUUGACCAUUGAAGUGACAAUCACUGUGAAUGACAUCAAUGACCACGCUCCCACAUUCCCCCGGAGGAGAGCGGCGUUCAAGAUCCCGGAGAUGACGGCAGUGGGAACCAGGUUCCCCCUAGAGCCGGCGGUGGAUGGGGACAAGGGCCAACUGACUACCCAGGGAUACCUCAUCAAAGACGGGAACCCCGGCCAGGCUUUCCUCUUGGAGACCCGGAGAGGAUCAAACCAGGUUCUCUAUCUGGAUCUGGUGGUCAACACUCUUCUGGACAGUGAGACCAGACCGUCUUAUACUUUAUCCCUGGAGGCGUUCGAUGGAGGCUCCCCUAAGAGGACUGGUCAGAUGGUGCUAGAUGUGAUGGUUCAGGAUAUCAACGACAACGCUCCAGUCUUCAACCAGAGUCGCUACCACGCCAUUAUCUCAGAGAAUCUGCAGCCGGGUAGCAACAUUCUCCAAGUCUUUGCCUCUGACGCUGACCAGGGAGACAACGGCCUUGUUCUCUAUGAGAUCAACCGCAGGCAGAGCGACCCAGAGCACUACUUCAUAAUCGACGCGCGAAUGGGUGUCAUCACGCUCAACAAGCCGCUGGACUUUGAGAUGCGGAGGGUCCACGAGCUUGUGGUCCAGGCGAGGGAUAACGCCACGCAGCCCGAGGUUACCAAUGCCUUCGUCACAAUCCACGUCCGGGACUACAAUGACAACCAGCCCACCAUGACCAUCAUCUUCCUCAGCGAAGACGGUUCCCCACAGAUCUCCGAGGGCGCCCAGCCUGGCCAGUACGUCGCACGCAUCUCCGUCACCGACCCGGACUACGGAGAAUACGCCAAUGUCAACGUCUCCUUGGAAGGAGGGGACGGGAAGUUUGCCCUGACCACCAAGGACAACAUAAUCUACCUGAUGUGUGUGGACCAGAUCCUGGACCGAGAGGAGAGGGACACAUACGAACUCAGGGUGAUGGCUACAGACGCAGGCACCCCUCCUCUCAGGGCUGAGUCCUCCUUUACGAUACAAGUCACUGACGUUAACGACAACCCUCCUCUGUUUGAUCAGCAGGAGUACAGGCAGGCAAUACCUGAGGUAGUGUUCCCAGGGAGCUUCGUGUUGCAGGUCACGGCGAGAGACAAUGACCAGGGGCCCAAUGGAGACAUCACAUACAGCCUCCUCCAGGAUGGCCAGGCCGGCCAGGAUGAGAACCAGGCCCAGUGGUUCACCAUCGACCCAGUAACAGGGAUCAUCACCACGCUCUCCCAGCUGGAUUACGAGUCGCAGCCCAGGCCAAGUGUGACUGUGGUGGCUACAGACGGAGGGAGGCCUUCCCUGUCCUCCACAGCUCUGGUCCAUGUGUUACUACAAGAUAUUAACGACAACGAACCUGUGUUCGGUAGCAACUUCUACAACGUAUCCAUCAAGGAGAACACGGCUGCUGGGUCCUGCAUCCUACAGGUGACAGCGACAGACGCGGACGGCGGCUCCUUCGGCUCCAUCAGUUACUCUCUCGGGUCAGGAAUCAACAGUGCUGUCCCCUCCCAGUUCUCUGUAGGGAAGGAGACAGGACAGAUCUGUACCAACGUGGCUCUGGACAGGGAUCAGGGACCAACCAGCUAUGACUUUACCGUCACCGCCGUGGACGGGGGCGGUCUGAAUUCCAUGGCCUAUGUCAGGGUUGACCUGCUGGACAUCAACGACAACAGACCAGUCUUCUACCCUGUGAGCUACGCCGUCAGCCUCAGCUCCCAGAGUGCACCUGGCACCUCUGUCGUCAAGGUUACGGCCCUUGACCCCGACACUGGGGAGAAUGGGAGGGUCAUGUACCGAACCGUCCCCGGGGGCAACUCCCCCUUCUUCACCCUCAACAAAGACACAGGUGUGAUCUCCCUGUCCCGGUCGCUGCACGGCAAGGCCAACACGGUGAUCCCCAUGGUGGUUUCAGCCCAGGACGGAGGGGGUCUGGCAGCACUGGUCAACGCCCGGGUCAACAUCAGUGUGGUGGCAGGCCUGGUGGCGCCCCCUGUGUUCGAACACAGCCAGUACAGCUUCACUGUGUCUGAAGACGUACUGCGUGGGACUGAGGUUGGCAUCGUACAGGCCAUCAGUAAGAACGGCGUCCUCAGUAAGGACAUCCUGUACAGCAUCUCCUCUGGAGACCCUGCUGGCUACUUCACCGUGGACCCAGAGAGCGGAGCCCUGCGGACCAGCCUUCCUCUGGACCACGAGGCCCAGCCUUCUCUAACCCUGGAGCUCCAGGCACGUAGCGGCAGCCCCCCUGCCUUCGGUCAGACCCACGUCCACAUCACAAUCCAGGACAUCAACGACAACACUCCUGUCUUCCUGCCCUCCUCUUCUGAGUCUCUCCUCCUCCCGGAGCACACAAAGAUGGGGACUAUGGUCUACCGCGUCCAGGCCCAAGACCGAGACUCCGGUAUCAAUGGCCAGGUGACCUUUGACCUUUCCUCCACCGCAACCUCAAGUGGAGGUCAAAGAACCUUUUCCAUGGAGCGCAGUACAGGGGAGAUCCGGCUGGUCGGCGAGCUGUCGUACGACGUAACGCCGCGCUAUGACCUGACGGUGACAGCUAAAGAUGGUGGCGCUCCCCAGCUGAGCUCUACCAUGAUGCUUGUGGUGCACGUCCAGGCGGAGAACGACCACGGUCCCAUGUUCGACACCCUGACCUAUCGCGUGGAGCUGAGGGAGAACACCCCGCUCAGCACAUGUUUCCUACAGGUGCGAGCUCUGAGCCGGGACACCGCGGGUUCAGGGUCCUCCUCUCCACUGGCAUUCCACCUGAGACCUGACGGAGACGCAGCAGGGUUUGGCAUCGCAGUAGACAGCGGCUGGCUGUUUGUGAAGAGUGCCCUGGACAGAGAGGUGAAGGACAUGUACAUGUUGAUGGUUCUGGCCACGGCAGGCCACGGGCAGCUGAAGAAGACGGGCAGUGCCACAGUGAGGGUGUCGGUGACCGAUGAGAACGACAACUCUCCCCGUCUGAUCCAGGCGAGGGCUUUCCUGGCCGUGAGAGAGAACCUUCCGGCGGGUUCAGGGUUCGGACGGGUGUUGGCUACGGACCGAGACACGGGCCUCAACGGCAGGCUCAGUUACAGACUUCUACACCCAGACAGACACUUCCAGAUCAACUCACACACAGGUGAGAUCAGUACCCGUGUAGGUCUGGACAGGGAGCAGCAGAGUAGUUACCAGGUGUUGUUGGUGGUCCAGGAUGGAGGUACUCCCCCACGCAGCGCAACAGGGACAGCCUUCAUCACCGUCCUGGAUGAGAACGACAACACCCCCUCCUUCAGGCACAGCCAGCCUGGCAGAGGACUGACCAUGCAGGUGAUGGAGGGCCAGGCAUCAGGUCUACUGCUGGGGAAAGUACAGGCCAAUGACCCUGAUGAGGGAGAGAACGGCACUGUGUACUACUCCAUGUCAGGUCCCAGAGCAGAGCGUUUCUCUCUGAACCCGACUACAGGUGAACUGCGUUCCUCCUCUCCUCUGAGUCGCUCUGACAGAGCUGAGUACAGCUUCACUGUGACCGCCACUGACCGAGGCCAGCCAUCUCACAGCGCUACCUGUACACUACACAUACAGGUCCAGAGUGCGAGCAGAGCUCCUUCCAAAGCCAACUCCCUCUCCAUGUCCUUUAACUCUGUCGAGGAGGCCAAACCAGGCUCUAUGAUUGGCUCUGUGAGGUCACAUGAUGGCUUUGAGCUCCCUGAGGCCGGUCAGGUGACCUACACGGUGGUGGGCGGGUCAGACCGAGACGGAACGUUCAUGGUGGACCGUCAGACAGGUGACGUGUACCUGGCGAGGGAGCUGGAUUAUGAGCGCUCCGCCCGCUACACACUACAGAUAGAGGUGGACGACUUCUCCAUGACGUUACCCAGCAGCCACCUGGUGCAGCUAGACAUCGAGGUGGAGGACAGCAACGACCAUGCACCCCGCUUCCCGGAGGACCCCGUUACCGUGGUGAUACCUGAGAAUAUGGAGCCUGGGGCGUCCAUCUACACCUUCCAGGCCUCGGAUCAGGAUGGAUCAGGGCCCAACAGCCUGCUGACCUACUCCAUCCUGCACCAGUACCCUGACCUCACUGACCUCCUGGUGCUUGACCCUUCCACUGGCGUCCUGACCCUGGCACAGGAACUGGACCAUGAGGUCACUUCCUCCCUUAUCCUGGUCGUCCAGGCAACAGACUCCGCUCUGAAUGCCAGCCAACGGCGCUGGGGCUCGGUGACGGUGAGGGUGUUUGUGACAGAUGAGAAUGACAACGCUCCAGUGUUCAGCUCGCCAUCCGCGGUUAGCGUCAUGGAGGACCAGCCUGUGGGUUUCGUGGUUCUCUACGUUGUGGCGCGAGAUGCCGACCAGGGGGAGAACGGACGGGUCAGCUACUUCAUCGAGACUGGCAACGCUGGAGGGACAUUCAGCCUCAACCCUAAUACUGGUUCUCUUUCUAUCCUGAAGGCCAUCGACCGGGAGGAUCAGGACCUGUUGAACCUGACCAUCGUAGCCCAGGACCACGGGGUACCAGCGCUCUCAUCCAGCCAGCUGCUGUCUGUCCAGGUCAUCGACGUGAACGACCAGGUGCCCUGGUUCCAGGAGAACCAGUACCAAGCCCAGAUUACAGAGAACCAGCCUGCAGGAACCACUGUUCUGGUAGUGUCGGCCUCCGACCUGGACCAAGGUACCAACGGCCAGGUGACAUAUGGAGGCAUCUCUGACGAGGGUUUUAGCAUCCACCCAGCUACAGGUGUUAUAACCACCACUAAAGCCCUGGACAGAGAGGCACAGGAACAAUACACACUGACAGUGUAUGCCCGAGACGGUGGCGUGCCUCCUAACUUUGCCCGGGCGGCAGUGAAGAUCCAGGUGUUGGAUGAGAAUGACAACGCCCCAGCAUUCAGUAGACUGUACUACAGUCUGGAGGUGCCUGAGAACAUGGAGGCUGUUGAGCUUUUCACCCUCAGAGCUAUUGACCUGGACACUGGGGACAGCGGAGAGAUGACCUACACGAUCACAACGGGCGACCCGUCAGGUGACUUCCGUGUGGACAGGAAGUCAGGUGUUCUCUCCACCUCCAGACCGCUGGACAGGGAACAUAGGGCCAGGUACAGUCUGACAGUGACAGCCCUUGACGGGGGCUCUCCGGCCCUGAGCAGCACGGCCACAGUAGAGGUCACUCUCCUGGACGUCAACGACCACAGCCCCCAGUUCACCAGCCCCAGCUACACCACUGACCUCUCUGAGGAUGUUCCCAUUGGCUCCCUGGUGCUGGAGGUCUCUGCUACUGACCUGGACCAAGGGUCUAACAGCCAGGUGCUGUACUUCCUGUCGCGUGGCUCCCAGGGCAUGUUCAUCAUCGACCAGCACACGGGACAUGUCAUCACCGCCGCUCCGCUCGACCGAGAACGAACCGCGUUGUACACUUUCGAUGUCUGCGCCAUAGACUCGUCCCCCGCCAGCCCUCGCAACUCCACCGCCACGGUCACCGUGUAUGUACAGGACGUGAACGACAACGCUCCAUUCUUCAUCCAGGACCCCCUCGUCAUCAACAUCUCAGCCUCCAAUGUCUCCUCCCAUCGCGUCCUGUCCACCAUGCGGGCGGAGGACCGGGAUUUUGGGGCCAACGGCUCACUGUUCUACCGCUUCGCCAGCCCUGUCCGGGGCUUCACCAUCAACUCUCUGACCGGGGACAUCCAGGCUACAGAGAAGCUGCAGGGACUGACCCAGGGCCAGAGGACUCUGAUUGUAGAGGCUAUGGACCAGGGAAGCCCAGCUCAGUCCUCUCUAGGAGUGGUGGUCAUCUACAUCAGAGAACAGACCUACAGGGGGAUCCGCUUCUCACGCCACGCUAGAGACGUCAGCCUGCAGGAGAACGCCGCCAAAGGUACCGCUGUGGUGCAGACUCAGGCCCAGUACCCUGAUGGAUCCCGUAGUGGGAUCAGUUACAGCAUCUUCAGCGGCAACACCCUACACUCCUUUGGAAUCAGCUCCUCCACUGGUGAGAUCUGGGUACAGAGCUCCAUGGGGCUGGACUAUGAGGAGACCCCUAGACUCCGCCUAGUGGUGAAGGCUGAAACUGCAUCCUCCAGUUCCUUCAUGGCGGUCAACCUGAUCCUUCAGGACAUCAAUGACAACCUGCCACGCUUCCAGCUGCAGAACUAUGUAGCCUACAUACGAGAGGCACAGGGAUAUCAUUUCCCUAUCAUACAGGUGGUGGCUGAUGACCUGGACCAGGGCCAGAAUGGUCAGGUGACCUACAGCCUGAGGUCGUCGUCUCUCAGCGGUCUGUUCAAGAUCGACCCGCUGACCGGAAGCAUCACCACCGCCGCUAUCAUGGACCGAGAGAUCUGGACACAAACCAAGCUGGUUGUUACUGCAACGGACCGGGGCACACCACGAUUGGCCGGCUCGGCGACCCUCACGGUGAUAAUCGUGGACCUCAAUGACAACAGUCCUACAAUCCCCUUGCCGCGCGAGAUCAGAGUGCCAGAGAACACUCUGAUUGGCUCGGUAAUAACCCAGGUGACUGGAAACGACGUUGACUCAGGCCCAGCCCUGUCCUACACCCUCCACCUGGACCUGUCCUCCCAGGGCGUGUUUGGGAUCCACCGCUACGGGGGCGGGGUGUCUCUGACCGCCCCUCUGGACUACGAGGAGAGGACCUGGUACACGCUGACUGUCAGGGCUACUGACUCCAAACACCAGACUGAAGCUAACCUCACCAUACUGGUGGAGGAUGUCAAUGAUAACGUUCCUACAUUCACACAGGAUCUUUACCAGGUGAUUCUGGCAGAGCACACCCCAGCUGGCAGUGCAGUUGUCACUGUGACAGCCACGGACAGCGACUCUGGAGAGAACGGCCGUGUCAUGUACAGAGUGAUGUCAUCAACACGGGACAUCUUCUACAUCGACCCCAGCAAUGGUACCCUGUUCAUCACCCAGCAGGCAGAGUUUGACUCUGAGAACCCUUCUAUCCUGGUGGUAAUAGAGUCCAGAGACAUGGGAACACCAGCCCUCUCCUCCACCGCUACUGUACAGGUCCAGGUGACUGACGUCAACGACAACGCGCCCGUCUUUCACCAAUCAGAGUACAGAGCCACGGUGUCGGAGGACGGCCUCCCGGGCGCCACCAUCCUGACCCUGGAGGCGGCCGACGGCGACACGUCACGCGACAACUGUGGCUUUGACUUCACUAUAGCCAGCGGAAACGCAGGCAAUGCCUUCCAGAUUGAGAGCAGUGUACGCUUCCUAGAAGGACAGGGCUUUCAGACAGUAGGCAGCCUGGUAUUGACCGGUGAGGGGCUGGACUUUGAGGCGGUGUCCAGUUACAACCUGACCGUGGUCGUGUCAGACCGCGGCGUGCCCCAGAGGAGCUCGGCUGUCUCUGCGCUGAUCAGUGUGACGGAUACUAAUGACAACCCUCCGGCGUUCAGCAGGGCAGAGUACAGUGUGGUGGUGAGUGAAGGAGCAGCCACAGGGACUGAGGUCCUCAGCCUGUCUGCAACAGACCCAGACUCCCCGGCCGUAGGGAAGGUGCAGUACCUGAUCAGCUCUGGGGAUGAGACGGGUAUGUUCCAGGUAGACCGCUGGACCGGAGCCCUGAAGCUGCAGAGACCACUGGACAGCGAGAGACAGGCAUCCCAUGUGAUCAUUGUGCAGGCGACAGAUGGACAGGGUCACUAUGCGCUGGCUCCUGUCACUGUGGAGGUGAAGGACAUUAAUGACAACAGACCUUACUUCCCUCUGCCCAUCCUCACUGCCAGCGUCAGAGAGAACCAGCCUCACAACACCCUUGUCACCAUGCUGCACGCCAUCGACCAGGACACGGGAGUCUUCGGACAGCUGAGGUACUACAUGUUGGACAAGACUGGAGAGGGGAAAGACUCCUUCCUGCUCAACCAGACGUCAGGCGAGGUCCGGACUCGCUCUACCUUUGACUUUGAGAAGGUCAACUGGUUCAACUUUGUAGCUCUAGCCAUGGACGCAGGGAACUACUCUGCCACGGUGACCAUCCAGGUGUACGUGAUGGGGGAGGAUGAGUACGACCCUGUGUUCUCCGACUUAGAGUUCUCCUUCCUGGUUCCUGAGGGGGCGAAGAAGGGCCAGAGCAUCGGUCAGGUGACAGCCAGAGACGAGGACGAGGGAGUGGACGGGAUUGUUCUGUACUCCCUAGCUGACCCCUCGCCCUACUUCCAGGUAAAUGCAUCGACAGGUGUGGUCUCCCUGAAGAUGGACAGCCACGUUCGACACUUGAGCAGGGCCAAGAGGGAGGUCCGUGUGAUGACCCUUGACCUGAUGGCCCACAGCCCUCUGGAGACGUCCCGCGUGGCCACCGCCCGCCUCACCAUUGAUGUGACAAACACAUCCUUCGGCCUCGUGUCGGACAUGAAUCUGCUGCUGGUCAGUGUGAUCGCUGUGUCCCUGGGAGCCAUCCUCAUCCUCAUCUUCAUCGCCAUGUCUCUGUUUUGUGUGAGACUGAGACGUCAGAGGAAGGAGCAGCAGAGUCGCUGCAGACCUCCAGCCUCUCCCGGCCAUGGCACCAUGCUACACAAACUAGAGGAGACUAAAGUUACCGACACUGACCGGAACGACCGCAUCUACCAUCAGGCCUUACCAGGGUACGUUUCCGACCAAACAGGGAGUGGAGGGGGAGGGCCAUACCCCCGCGGGGGCUCCCUGGACCCAUCCCACUCCAGCGGGCGUGGCUCAGCGGAAGCGGCGGAGGACGAUGAGAUCCGGAUGAUCAACGAGUACCCCCGUGUCUCCUCCAUCUCUUCAUCCAUGCAAGAACACAUCUCAGCCCGAGGGCCAGACUCUGGUAUCCAGCAGGACGCUGACCAGCUGUCUGACAUCUCGUGUGAGCCCAACAUUGACGCCAACCAGUGGUUUAAGGCCAAGAAGCUGGCCAAUCUCAGUGGGACUCUGCUGGCUGGGCAGGUGCCUGUCUACAGGGAGGAUGGAGGAGGUUAUCUGGGGGUAGGGAGGGGGCUGAACAUCUCCCACCCUAAAGACUAUGCCUUCCCAGUGGAUGGUAAACCCGCUGUGGAUGGCUCCCUCACAGCCAUAGUGGCCAGUGACGAGGAGCUGAGGGGUAGUUAUAACUGGGACUACCUGCUGAACUGGUGUCCACAGUUCCAGCCAUUAGCAAGCGUCUUCACGGAGAUAGCGAGGUUAAAGGAUGAGACGGCCACUCCUAACCCCCGCAGACCGCUCCAGCACAAAGCCAAGGUGGACCCCAAACCCCCUCGCAUUGACCCCCCGCCCCUAAUCACCUCCAUAGCCCACCCCGGCGCGAAGACAGUCCCGGUCAAGCCUGCUCCUGUCAAGCCCUCUGUGGGGAGGUCCUCCUUCCCCCACCUGGCCUCCCUACGGAGGUCCCCCAUCAGUCACGAGGGCUCCCCCUCCUCAGUAGCCAUGUCCCCCAGCUUUUCCCCCUCCCUGUCCCCCCUGGCCGCCCGCUCCCCGGCCAUCAUACCCUUCGGGGUCACCCAGGGCCCCUCAGCCUCCAUGAUCAGCACCACUGAACACAGCAUGGAGCACAUUGAAGAGGCCGAGAUGAGGAUAUAGACUCUAUCGACUCACAGGUGAGGAUAUAGAGUGUAUCGACUCACAGGUGAGGAUAUAGACUCUGUAGACUGAGAUAAGGAUAUAGACUCUAUAGACUCUGAGGUACUGGAGAUUGGAAGACUGAUACUGAGUUAUUGUUCCUCAAAAAACAGAAGUGUUGUCUCAAUUGACACUCUAUUUAGGUUGCAGGGUGGUACCCCUCCUAUUGUGUAAUGGUCACAGUAUCUGGUGUCAAUAGACUGGAUCGUACAGUGUACCUUCCAUCUGGCCAGAACACAGAGUGUGGUUAGCACUGUAGUUAAAUAAUGAAGUAACUCUCAAACCACCAAAGGUGGUAGAUGCAUCAUAAACUAAUGGGACUCUCAAACUGGACUAGAAUCAAAACUGAGACCAAAAUGGAUGUUGCCUGUUCCUGGGGACUUCCUCUUCCCUCGAUCCAAUCAGUGUCAAGAGGACUAAACUACCCAGGAUUUGCACAUUCUAACAGGGAGCCAUGAUGUCAAUAUUUUGUAGAAGAUACCUUUUUCUGUCUAUAUUUUUAUACUGACUUUGGUUUCUGACUAGAAAUGGCACUAAUUAUGUGCCAGAGGGCUGUUAUAGCCUCAGAAUAUAUUUCCAUGUGUGUAUAUUUGUAGCUAUGUAACAGUAUGUUUGAACUGUAUGUUGGUUGUAUCUCAUGUACUUAACCAUUCAUGUGUUUUUGGAACAAAACAAAGCUCUUUAUUUCUAUUAGUGUGAUUGAUUGGGGGGAUAUGCUGUCAUUUCUUGUAAAUAUUUAUUACAGAGGAGUGAAAAAGGAGCUUGCCUUGCUGGAAGAACAAAAAUAAUCUGGUAGCGUGUUGGGAUCCCUCUCAUAAUAAUUCAGUGUGCCAUAUGUGUGUCCCAAAUGGCACCUAUUCCCUAUCUAAUGCCCUACCUGGUCAAAAGUAGUGCACUAUAAAGGGAAUAGGGUACCAUUUGGGAUGCAAACGUAGUCUUUUGAGUCUUGUUUGAAGGGAUCAGUCACACAUGUUCUCAUGUCCUAAACACGUUCCUUUGUUUCUUCCCUCCAGUCUAGUUGAGGUGAACUUGACAUCUUGACAUCAUGUCCUUCCUUUCAGGUGUCCUUAAUCCCUUAAUCACGAUGAGCCUUACAGGUCUACUUGGUAUUCUAGUGGCACAGUAGACACAGACAAGGGCAGAACUACUCAGACAUAGACAGACAGGGGAGGUCAGAAAGAUUAUAGAGACCAGCAGGAAUAGAACUAAGAAAAAAAACAAUGUCAUGUAAUUCAGCAGACCGGUCUAGUUGUUAUUCUAGAGGCAGCUAAACUGCAGUUGCUGCUAAACACCUGCCAGACUGUAUAAGGGUUGUGUGUGUACCUCUGACAGACUGAAUAAGGGUUGUGUGUGUACCUCUGACAGACUGUAUAAGGGUUGUGUGUGUACCUCUGACAGACUGAAUAAGGGUUGUGUGUGUACCUCUGACAGACUG